CAAAAAGGUUCUCAUUACCACGCUGCCUUCUGCUCGACAGUCAUCUCCACAUUUUUUAUUUUGCAACAGUCCGACAUAAUUUUUUAUAAUUUUAACCAAGUUUUAAGAAAACGAAUAACUACAUAACUUCGCAUAAAUAUCCGUCAAUUACUUAAAUAACAGAUACCGACACUGUCGAAAUGAGGGCCCUGUUAGUUUUCCUGUUCAUAACCGUAGUUUCAAGCGACAUAAAUAUGGCGACAAAAUUUAAAUUGUUUAAUCCAGCAAAAGCGGACGGUAAAACGGGGGAAAUUUUGUGUAAUGGACGAACCGGUGUUGUAACUGAAACAACGAGAUCUUUCCAAGACAAAAAUUGUUGGGACUUCAUAAAUUUCUCAAAAUCCAAGUGCAUCGAUGUGUCACAAGUAAUACGCAGGCCGUUCUCUGUAAUAGAAUUGCAAGGUUGGGAUUCCGUUCAACUUUUCGAAUCGGACGACUGCUCCGGCGAGGAUCGCUUAUUGAAGAAGGACGCGAUCGAUUGUGAUCAGCAGAAGCGAAGUCCAGGGGGUCAAAAAACAAAUUACUGGAAAUGCAAGGUCUCCCCUUUCCGAUCAAUUGCGGGAUCCUCAUAUUCCCAAAAUUCGAGUUUUGAAAAUGAACUUGAGAAGUGCACCCCAGCGGAGGAGAUGGUGACGCUACUGUCCGUUGACUACUUAAAAGGCACCCUGCCAGCCCAAGCCUCUUAUACGGAACGGGUCAUAUCGGUCUAUAUCCAACCUAACGCCACAACUCAAAAGGGGGCAGCAUCGAACACUUCGAAUGAGAAUGGGGGAGAAUUGUCCGUACCGAUGCAGAAAAUUUUGUCCGUUAGACAGAGAACUCGUCUAGCUAACAAACUUCGCGUAAACUUAUCGGGAUCAAAGCACGAUUGGAAUUCUACGGAUGUCAGCACAAUUCUCCAGGAAAAAACUAAAACUAGAAAGCUUGUGAUUUCCCCAGGCGUCAAGACCAUAAUCGAACAAGUCGUCGGCGUUUGUGGGAAUUUUAAGGUGUACACGGAUCAAUUCAUAAGACAGGAUUUAUACGUAAAUGGGACUGUAUUUGUGAGUAGAUAAAUAAUUGUAGGUUGGAAAACGUAAUUUUGUUAACUAUUAAAAAAUUCAUGGUAGAAUAUGUACUCAUAUUUCGUUAAAUAUUUCAAGCCAAUUUUCUACAUGUUUUAAUUUCACAUAACAAUUAAUUUGUAAAUCUACUUAGUUUUUAUAUGUAGCAGAUUAUUAAAUAAGUCAUUAUUAAGUUUACGUAAGUUCUAAAUUUUAACAUAAUGCAUGAAUUUAUUCCAAAUAAUUAAGUUAAAUCACCAAUUACAUAUCAUUUAACAAACGAUUUCAUGCCGCUGACAAUAUCGACCGCGAUUAGAUUUAAUAAAUGUAUCUCGAGUCCAUACAUAAG